AUGUCCAGUCUCGUCGACAGCGUCGCGGAGUUCAAGAGCCGGGCACAGCAAUUAUUGGGCGAAGAGGACGCCCGGAAGCUCCUCACGAACGACAUUAAGUCCUUUGGAGAGCUGGCAUACAGUGUAGCCGACCAGCCCGACCGCCUCAGUGAUGCGCGUUUUGACGAAAUCGUGAAGAAAGUGUUCCCAGCAGACGUAAGCCUGGGCACAAAGGCCGCAGUGCGGCGCCUCGCUUUCGAGUCCCUCACUUUCAGCAUCCAGGAUCUGGAGAUGAGGAUGGAAGGCGACAGUGUCGCCUCUAAAAGCUUACCACUACACGAGCGCGAGGAGCUCCGCGCUAAGCAGGUCGCGCGUCUUCGUGGGGUCGUCAUCGAUGGCGAUUACGAUCCCGCCCAUUCGCUCGUGGACAAGGCUGCCCUCAUGCUGCAGGACGGCAUGGUUCGCUAUAUUCUCCCGUCGCAGUGCAUCAGUCGGGGUGCGGAGAUCGCCUCAGUGAGGCGUGACAAGGAGUUUUUCUCCCUAGAGUCUGGGGAGAUUACCCUCAAGAAGAAAGAGCACAGUGUGCACGUUGAGAUCGGCAACGAGCUCAGCCUGACGCAGGCCUUCGUUCGCCGAGGGCUUGCGCUCGACAGAGUCGGGCUACUUGAUUUCACCGUACACGAAAGACUCGUGAGACAGUAUUUCUCUGUCCUCAACAGGCCCGCGCCUCCAGGAAGGGAGCGGGGGUCGUGUUGGCACGUCGUUCGUGCCGACAAGGAGCUCUGGACGAUCAUCUCCCGACAGUGCCGGGAUGGAUGUAGACCGGACAAGACGGGGAACAGGCCGCUGGACGAGCUCGUCCGGGACAACUGGGCAGACCCCAUGGUCAUGCUCCAUCUCCUUCCAGUCCAGCCUGCAGAGCGCGGCCGAUCAAGCAAGGGUCUCGGCCGUCUCCCGAUCGGCAGCAAUCCCGAUCGCAGUCGCAGCGCGGCCAACAAAAGCAACAAAGGAAAAGGCAAGGGUAAAGGAAAGCCCAAAGGGAAGAAGCACGAGAACGCAGAGCGUUCUAAGCCCCCCAGCAUGCCCAAAGAGCUGCGCCACCUGAGCAGUGUUUCCAGGUCCGGCAAUCGUUUUUGCUACGGUUUCAAUCUGCAGUGCGGAUGCGACCUGGUCGCCGCCGGAUCCCCGCCGCAGUGCGACCGGGGAAUGCACCAAUGCAUGAGCUGCGGCAGCUCCGAGCACGGGGCCGCAGUCUGCCCCAAGGAG